ACAAUCGUCGCGUACAUCGAACGAUCCGUAUGCGACCCGUAGACGUGACGCCUGCUGCUGCCGAGAAACUCUUGAAAACGGUGUACAGUCGAACGAAGAUAGCCGCUCCAGGACGAUUCAAGAUCGACGAUGCGGUGCGCGUGAGCAAAUUCAAAACGAUAUUCGAAAAAGGCUACACACCUAACUGGAUUACAGAGGUGUUUCGCAUCGCCAAGGUACAGCUGACAAAUCCUGUAACGUAUCUACUGAAAGAUUAUCGCGGAGAACCAAUAGCUGGAGGUUUCUACGAGCACGAAUUGUCACGAGUCGCCAACCCCGACGUUUAUCUGGUGGAGAAGGUUCUACGUAGAAAAGGCAACGAGACGUACGUAAAGUGGCUAGGAAUGGAUAAUUCGCACAACUCGUGGAUACACAAGACAGGAAUAUUGUAA